AUGGCUGAAUACACAUCCGAAGCAGACGUCGAGCUCGCCUACACCACUCUCCAGGCAACCUUUGCCUCCGGCAAAACCAAAGAAGUUGCCUGGCGAAAAUGGCAGCUCAAGCAGAUCUGGUGGCUGCUUGAGGACAACGAGGCCCUGAUCCAGGAGACCCUGAAGAAGGACAUGAACCGGCACCCGUUCGAGACGACCUUUACGGAAAUCGGGAACGUGAAAACCGACCUGCUCGAGCACCUGAAGAGCAUCGACAAGUGGACUGCUGACCAGACGCCUAAUGCGGGGGCUCUGGGGUUUCUGCUGAGACCGACUGUGCGGCCUGAGCCGUUGGGCGUGGCGCUGAUUAUUGGGCCUUGGAAUUUCCCGUUCUCGCUUCUACUUCAGCCGUUGAUUGCGGCACUUACGGCGGGUUGUGCGGUCUUGCUUAAGCCUUCUGAGGUCACGGCGAAUACGCAGCAGUUGUUUGUGGACCUGAUUCCGAAGUAUCUUGAUACUAGCGCUGUGCGGGUUGUUACCGGGGGAGCUGCCGAGACUGGCGCGUUGCUGCAGCGCAAGUAUGAUCAUAUCUUCUUUACUGGGUCGGUGCCUGUCGCGCGUCAUAUUGCUGCUGCGGCGGCGAAGCACCUCACCCCGACUGUGCUGGAGUUGGGAGGCCAGUGUCCGGCCAUCGUGACCAGCACGGCGGAUGUUGAGGCUGCAGCGAGAGAUAUCGCCUGGGUCAAGUACCUCAAUGCUGGACAGAUCUGUCUCUCUGUUAACCAUGUCUUUGCUCACCCGUCUGUUGAGAAGCAGCUGAUUGAGCGGAUGACGUUCUGGCUCAACAAGUACAACAAGGGCUCCGACAUGACGCAUAUCGUGAACGACAAGAACUAUGCACGCCUUACAGGGCUUGCCGACAAGACCGAAGGCACCGUUCAACACAGCGGGGAGUCUGAUGCCAAAACGAGGAAUCUGCCUCCUCAGAUUGUCAGCAACGUCAAGCUGACGGACUCUCUUCUCUCGGAGGAGCUGUUUGGCAGUAUCUGCCCUGUUGUUACGGGUUCAACCCAAGACGCCAUCGACUCGAUCAACAGCCUCCCUCGUCCUCUCGCGCUCUACGUUUUCGGCAGCAAUCAGAACGAAAUCGAUCAUGUGAUCAACUCGACACUCUCUGGCGGUGUCUGCGUCAACGGCGUCCUCGUGCACAUGAUGGUCCCCAACGCCCCCUUCGGUGGUGUCGGCGACUCCGGCCACGGCGCAUACCACGGCGACUACGGCUUCAAGUCCUUCACGCACUACCGUACCAUCGCCCGCCCACGCCCGCUAUUCUUCAAGGCAACAAACUUCCUGCGCCCGCCGUACUCAUUGGAUAAGAUCAAGAAGCUCGGCGUACGUAACAGCGCCGGAAUCCAGCGCAACUGGAGUCUGGAAAAGGAGCGGGCUGCAACUAAACGAGGUCUGGUCAUCGCAAAGUCCUUCCGUCUCAUCAAGUUUCUGGCGUACUUUGUUGUUUUGCUUGGAUUGGCUGAUGUUGGCUUAGAUCGGCAUCUAGGGAUCUUCAAGGGCGUGCGGGAUCUUUUUGUUCAGGCGAAGUCGUUCUUUUAG